ACCGGUGCGCAGGUUUCUGUUGGCUCGCUAGGCGCACGCACGCCUGCAGCCGCCGCCUCUUCCGCAGCUCCCGCCAUCCGCAUCAGGCUCAGGCCGUUCCGAGCCCUAGAGGGAGGCGGCGCCGCCGCGGCCGAGUUCGAGUGCGUCCUGCCCCCUAUCAAGCUCCCCUGCCGCGUCUCCCAAUCCACCCUAGGCCGCCGCACAUCCAGCUCGCGCGGCCCCCUCCUCACUGCGCCGCGGCGGCCGUUGCCCCAACGCCCCUCCGCCCCUGCAUCCUACCGCCGCGAAGCCUCCGGCCCUCUCCUUCCCCACCCCUCUGCAGCCCCGUGUCCAAGAGCAGGCCCCUACCGUCGUAAUUUCGUGUUCUUCGCUAACGCCACCUCGGCAACGUCUUCUUCUUCUCCGGUUCACGUUUGCCGUCGACUGUAAGUAUGGAUCUUGCUCCUUUCAAGCUGGAUAUUGAUGAGCUACUAGAUGAUUAUGCCAAGGAAAAUUGUACGUCAUUCACCGAUUUCAAGAGAGUGUGGAUGGCCAAGAAGUUUUCUUAUAUCUUUGAAGGCCGACCCAAGACGAAUUCAGGCGUUUUUAUGCAAUCCCUCUUUUUGCAUUGUAUUGGCCAUAUGACUUCCCAAAGUUCUCUACUUCAGAGGUUGCCUGGGCUUUACUGCCUUUACUGCCUUUAUGAGUGCCAACCAUACAAGCCACACUACAAAAUUUAUCUGUCUCUUGAGGAGUCCAAGAAACUCAAAGACUUUGUCAUUGAGGCUAAGCAGAAUGGGCUUGCUCUUGUACCAGCACUUGUCAAAAGGAUGCUAGACAAAGGCAUGUUUCUGUUUGGGUUCAUAAAUUUGCUUGGUGACAAUGAGGCAAAGGAGGUUGAUGAAAUGAAUGCAUCCCAGAAUAAACGGGUGAAAUUUGCCUGUGACAAGUUGUUUGCAAAUACUCAAAUAGGGAGUUACAUGCACACAGACUUGGGAGUGGAGUUUGAACUUGACAGCAUCAAGAAACUGUCAAUGGACUACGCUAAAGCCAAAGAAUCAGCCUUUGCAGAGGCAAGCCAAACUGUUGAUGUGGAAGAUGCCAAGCACAUCCUUCAGAAUGACAAACUGCUGGGUGACAAGGUAGAGGAAAUCGUCAAAGAGUGGGAUGCCCAGAAGGAAGAGUUCUACCAGAAAACAGGUGUAUCUCCCCAUGAUGAACUGGCGGUGGUUGACAACGACGAAUCUGGAGAAUUCCAUGACGAAAACGAAACCGACGCCUUUGAUGAGUUAGAACAGCUGCUGCUGGAAUGAGGGGAGCAUCCAGUAGCCUGUGAAUGACUGAAGAACUACUACCCUGCUCAUGCCAUUUUGUCACGGCAUGGAAUCGACAUUGGGCUGACUCGGCAUGCCCAAAAUAUUCUUGAAAGCAUUUUUUGUCGCAACAUGUCUGAAGCAAAAAAAUUGUAUGUAGUUCUAUUUUGGUUGGAUGAAAUGUUGCCUGAUGUACAUAUUUCCAUGGAACAAAUUGGGUUUCCUAAUUCAGGAAAUGUUGCAUUUUUGCAUGCUUC